AACUAGUGUCAUCAUUCAAUGAAGAAAUAACCAGAAUUUAACCCUAGCAGUGAAAAAGAUUAAAACUAGCCAUUGAAAUAAACUAAUGUACUGAGAGCGGUUGGUUGAAUAGUCUGGAGCAAUCGGAGAAGAGAAAAUAUAUUCGCGCUUUCUACAGGGACAACCCAACAGAAACGCCUAUUUUAAAGCAACAAAAUAACAAACUUCCAGAAAUAAAAUGGCGAAUUGAAAAAUCAAAGAUUACUGUUCUGAAUCCGACAAAAUUUCGUUCUUCGGACAUGGGAAUUCGCUUUUAACAGCGAUUAAUAAAUUUUAUGGUUUCCUUAACAAGGGUGACCAAUCUAUUUUAUAUCAGCUCACAACACCCAUUUUAUGGAAUCAAGUUUGAGUGAGCAUUUGCAGACGGCAAUGAAUAAAACGGCAGAUGCAGGAAUGGGCAGCAGUAAAACAGCACAAACUGGGAGUCAAAGCGAGAGCAGCGACUACAGCUUGUCAGAGGACGAGGGUAUUGAUGAUUACAGGCGGGGGGGAUAUCAUGCUGUCAGAAUUGGGGAUUCCUUCAAUGGAGGCCGCUAUGUCGUGCAGUCCAAGCUGGGUUGGGGCCAUUUUUCCACCGUCUGGCUUGCCUGGGAUACAAAAGACAAUAGAUAUGUGGCAUUGAAGGUGCAGAAGAGUGCACAGCAUUACACAGAGGCAGCCAUUGACGAGAUUAAAAUCUUACAACAAAUCGCAGAAAAUGAUGGAGAUGACAAGAAAUGUGUGGUCAAAUUGCUUGAUCAUUUUAAGCACACUGGACCAAAUGGGCAGCAUAUUUGCAUGGUUUUUGAAUUUUUAGGAGACAAUUUAUUGACUCUUAUAAAGCAUUACGAUUACAAAGGCAUGCCUUUGCACAUGGUAAAGGAGAUUUGCUUUCAUGUUUUGGUAGGACUGGACUAUUUACAUCGCCAGCUUUCGAUUAUUCAUACGGAUCUGAAGCCAGAAAACAUUCUUCUGUUGUCUACGAUUGACCCAAUUAAAGACCCGAGGAGGUCUGGUGCUCCACCCCUACUUCAUGCCAACAAAGAUAAAUCCAUUUUCCCUAUAAACUCUUCAGCAGUUAAGGAUGCCAAGAGUAAUGGGGGGUUAACAAGGAAUCAGAAGAAAAAAUUAAGGCGAAAGGCCAAAAGAGUAGCACAGGAUUGUGUGGAUAGUGUUGAUGCAGCAGAGGAUGAACUUGAACAUGAGGUAGGGAAAGGAACUACUGACGAUCAAGAGGGGAAAGCGGAUGUUAAAAUCCAAGGGAACCCAAUUAAGAUUUCUGGAAGCAAAAAGAGCUUGGAUGAUUCUGCAACACAUGAUUCAAAGAAUAAUAGACAUAUCAGAAAAAGCAGUCGAUCUACAAGGCAGAAAUUGUUGGAAUCCCUUGAUCUUAAAUGCAAGCUAGUUGAUUUUGGUAAUGCUUGCUGGACCUACAAACAGUUUACAAGUGAUAUUCAAACAAGGCAAUACAGGUGUCCAGAAGUUCUGCUGGGAUCUAAAUAUUCGACUUCAGCAGACAUAUGGUCCUUUGCAUGCAUUGCUUUUGAACUUGCAACUGGGGAUGUAUUGUUCGAUCCUCACAGCGGAGACAACUUUGACCGGGAUGAGGAUCACUUGGCCUUGAUGAUGGAGCUUCUUGGUAUGAUGCCCCGGAGAAUUGCUUUAGGUGGACGUUAUUCCCGUGAAUUUUUCAACAGGCAUGGUGAUCUGCGACAUAUUCGGCGGCUACGGUUUUGGCCAUUAGAGAAAGUGCUUCAAGAGAAGUAUGAAUUUUCUGAAAAAGAUGCAAAAGAUUUAAAUGAUUUUCUUGUUCCCCUCUUAGACUUCAUACCAGAGAAGAGACCCACUGCAGCACAAGCCCUUCUUCAUCCAUGGCUUAAUUCUGGGCCUCGACUUCUUGAACCAUCAUUGCCAUCUGAAAAAGUCCAGAAUAGUGACAAGGUUAGCCCAGAAAAAGGAAAAACUGAAAACAGUGCAAGGGAUGCUAUGGAGCGUGCAGAGAUGGCUAUGGGAAAUAUUGCCAUUGAAUGCAAUUUAUCAGAUGGGUCUAUGAAGUCUCUCAAAGGUUCAUGGGACAGAAGUAAGGCUCCACAAACUCAAAACAACUGACCUAAAAAUAAAUUUAGUCUCACUGGGAGUAUAUGCUACAAAGUUAUAUGCAAAGUAAAUUGCAUUACUUAAUAGCUAAAUCCUGAGAGUAAACUGUGAGUUAUUGCAAAGCUAUCUGGGAGAGCUGAGAAUUCAAAACUCUUUAUCAUUUUUGAAGUCAAGUUGGAAGGAGCUAAGCAAGAAUGGGCAUUUUUUCAUGAAGGGAUGGCACAAUUCAGGGUAAGAUAUGUCUUUGGGAGCAUAUUGGAACUUCCAUGAGUGUAACAAAUUGUUUGAAGGCUGUGGAUGUUGCUUCAGAUGUCAUCGUUUGUGCUCCUUGUAAACUGGUGAAUCAAACAUGAACAAGCAGUUAGUACUCUGCUUGUACGGGGGUUUCCAUUUGGCCCCUUGAUAGGUUUUUGUUUCUUAAUCUUUUAAAAAACUUUUUUCAAGGCUGUUGAGAGUAGUUUCAGGUGAGGUCUAAGUGAAUUUUAUAAGUAGAUGAAACCAGCUUGAAAGCUGAUACUCCAUAUUAGUUUCAAGUUGGAUUUAUGAUGGACAUUCAUUAUGCAAAUGCUAUUGUAUUAUUGGUUGGCUUCAGGAUUCGGAACAUAUAUUCCUUUUGACUUUUGUUGUUCUCUAUCAGAAGAGGUGUAGAUUGUAACCGGGACUGAAAUUCCCCAAAUCUGUAAGUUGGAAAAAAUGGCCUAACCAUUGAGACGAGUGUCGACAUUGCUUGCUGCAAGUAACCAUGCUUUAAUGAGCAAACAGGAUGAGGGGUUUUGCCAAUUUGUUUUGGUGAAACAAGCUUUGUAGCAUACAGCCUACCCCUUUCUUUUACACAUGCUAUGGGAAUCUGGUAUUUGUUUUCUA